UCAGAAGCAAAACCACACUUCCGAAAAUGCUGGGAGCCGCUCUCCACUCACCGUGGGGCCUCGGGGUCUGGAGCUGUGUUUCACAUCGGAGCACAUCGACCGAAUGGAAUUCUAGUGUUUCGCUGUCAUUUUGAUGUUUUCAUCCAGUCUUCAUCAGAUCUACUGGGUACUUCCUGCGAGAUGGGCGCUGGAGCUCUCACCGUCUGUCAAAGUAAAGCAGCAGUUCGGCUGAAAGAAGACAUGAAAAAGAUUGCAGCAGUGCCACUAGAUGAGCAGAGGAAUUCCACCUAUACAAAGUUAUUUGGAGUCAGUCUCCAAGACCUCCACCAGCAGGGGCUGACUGAGAACGGCGUUCCAGCUAUCGUGGGGAGCAUAGUGGAGUACUUGACCAUGCAUGGACUCGCCCAGGAAGGCCUUUUUCGGGUGAAUGGCAACGUCAGGGUGGUGGAACAGCUUCGAUGGAAGUUUGAGAGUGGGGUGCCCGUGGAGCUGGGGAGGGACGGCGACGUCUGUGCCGCGGCCAGCCUGUUAAAGCUCUUCCUGAGGGAGCUGCCGGAGGGCGUGAUCACCUCGGCACUGCAGCCUCGGUUCAUUCAGCUCUUUCAGGAUGACAGAAAUGCUGCUCAGGAGAGUAGCUUAAGAGCCUUAAUAAAAGAGCUGCCAGACACCCACUACUGCCUCCUCAAGUACCUUUGCCAAUUCCUGACAAAAGUAGCCAAGCACCAUGUGCAGAACCGCAUGAAUGUUCACAACCUCGCCACUGUAUUUGGGCCAAAUUGCUUUCAUGUGCCUCCUGGGCUUGAAGGCAUGAAAGAGCAAGACCUCUGCAACAAGAUAAUGGCUAAAAUAUUAGAAAAUUAUAAUACCCUGUUUGAAGUGGAGUAUGUGGAAAAUGAUAACCAGAGGUGUGAAAACCUAGCGAGGCUUAUCAUAGUAAAAGAGGCCAAUUAUAAGAACAUCCUUCUAACAAAAGACUUCGAAAGAGACACACAAAAGCCAUCUCCAAAAACCAAGAUCCCCAAAUCUAGGAGUGAGGGAUCUAUUCAGGCCCACAGGGUACCGCAACCAGAGCUGUCUGAUGGCGUUCCUCAGGUCAGCCUGCAGCUAAGUCAGAGAAAUUCCUGCUGGGAUGACAUGAAUUCAGCAGAGGAUGCUAAUGCUGCCAAAUUGCCAUCCAGUUCGCAGGAAGAUGAAAGACCUAUGUCACCUUUCUAUUUGAGUGCCCACGUAUCCCAAGUCAGCAACGUGUCGGCGACGGGAGAGCUCUUAGAAAGAACCAUCCGGUCAGCUGUAGAACAACAUCUUUUGGAUGUUAAUAGCUCUGGAGGCCAGAGUUCAGAGGACUCAGAAUCUGGAACAUCACCAGCAUCUUUCUCCACAUCCACCAAACAGCGGCGACGCCAGUCUGAGGAGCAGGAUGAAGUUCGACAUGGCAGCGACGUGGGACUUAUCAACAAAGAAAAUAUUCCUUCUGGGUUCAACAACCUUGAUGAAUGUAUUUUGAAUGCUCAUCAUGAAGCGGAAAAAUUACAUGAAAAUACUUCUGGUUAUAUUGGAGAAAGGGGCAAACCGAAACGUCAGAAAUCCAGUUGCAAACUUUCUGAGCUCAGUGAACAUCAAGAUAGUCUUGUGAAUAUGGAAAGUCUCAAUCCCACACCAUCUCAUGAAAGGAUUGGACCUGAUGAUGUUGAACUGAUGUCCGAUGGAAGCAAAGAAAAUGAAAACGACGGCAGACAGACCCAGCAUUUUGAGGAACCCACCAUGAAGAUCCAGGAGCAUCCCAACGUACCUGACAGCAAGCUGCAGAGGACUCCCAGUGCUGAUGACCAGCAAGAGAGCUUUGUCUCCGGAGCGCCUGAGCUGGACCUGACUGCGUUGUGUGAUGAGAAGAGCUGGGAAGAGCCCGGCCCUGCUUUCUCCUCGUGGCAGCAGGAGAGCGUUCGUGCUGACGAAGCACGCCUCUCCCCGCAGGCAGGGCGCCUGAUUCGGCAGCUCCUGGAUGAGGACAGCGACCCCAUGCUCUCGCCCCGCUUCUACGCUUACGGGCAGAGCAGGCAGUACCUGGACGACACGGAAGUGCCUCCUUCUCCCCCCAAUUCCCAUCCUUUCAUGAGGCGACGCAGCUCCUCUCUGGGCUCCUACGACGACGAGCAAGAGGACCUGACGCCUGCCCAGCUCACGCGGAGGAUUCAGAGCCUUAAAAAGAAGAUCCGAAAGUUUGAAGACAGGUUUGAAGAGGAGCGAAAGUACAAGCCUUCCCACAGCGACAAAGCAGCCAAUCCAGAGGUUCUGAAAUGGACUAAUGACCUUGCCAAAUUCCGGAAACAACUUAAAGAUUCAAAACUGAAGAUAUCGGAAGAGGACCUAACCCCCAGGAUACGGCAGAGAAGCAAUACUCUCCCCAAGAGUUUUGGCUCCCAACUUGAGAAAGAAGACGAGAAGAAGCAAGAGCUGGUAGAUAAAGCCUUAAAGCCUAGCGUCGAAGCCACGCUGGAGUCCAUCCAAAGGAAGCUCCAGGAGAAGCGGGUGGAAACCAGCCGUCCUGAGGACAUUAAGGAUAUGACCAAAGACCAGAUUGCUAAUGAGAAAGUGGCCCUGCAGAAAGCUCUGUUAUAUUAUGAAAGCAUUCAUGGACGGCCGGUGAGCAAGAAUGAACGUCAGGUUAUGAAACCGCUGUACGACAGGUACCGCCUGGUCAAACAGAUCCUGUCCCGAGCCAGCACCGUCCCCAUCAUUGGUUCCCCUUCCAGCAAGCGGAGAAGCCCUUUGCUGCAGCCAAUUAUCGAGGGCGAAACUGCUUCCUUCUUCAAGGAGAUAAAGGAAGAAGAGGAGGGUUCAGAAGACGAUAGCAGCACAAAACCAGACUUCACCGUCACCCUGAAAACCGAUUUCAGUGCACGUUGCUUUCUGGACCAAUUUGAAGAUGACACUGAUGGCUUUAUUUCCCCAAUGGAUGAUAAAAUACCAUCAAAAUGCAGCCAGGAUACCGGGCUUUCAAAUCUCCAUGCUGCUUCAAUACCAGAACUCUUGGAACACCUUCAGGAAAUGAGGGACGAAAAGAAAAGGAUCCGAAAGAAACUUCGUGAUUUUGAAGACAACUUUUUCAGACAGAAUGGAAGAAACGUCCAGAAGGAAGACCGCACUCCUAUGGCUGAAGAAUACAACGAAUAUAAGCACAUUAAGGCAAAACUGAGGCUCUUGGAGGUGCUUAUCAGCAAGAGAGACACCGAUUCCAAGUCCGUGUGAGGAGGCAGCCCUACCUGAGCCACGGGGGCUGGGGAGGCGGGGGGAAUGUGCCCCCCGCCUCCCCUGGCAGAUAGCAGCUCUGCAGGAACUGGAAGGCAGCCUCGGAGCUGGACCCACAAAGGGAGUAGCUCUUCUGCCUCCGGGCCACUGGGAUCAUCCCCAGUUUCCACUGCCUGCCUUGGAAACCGCCUAGAUGGAAGGAGCCCAGCUGCCCCCGUGUAGGAAUUGUGUAAGGGAAGGUCGAGAUCUCCGUGCACCCGAGCGCUCACAGACACACGCUGUAGCGGAAGCUUCGCUGACACUGGCAGCGACGAAUCACUACACUGACACACACUCAUCUACAGAGGCUACACGCUGUUCUUCUCUGGAUAACUGAGACACAGCCUGUUCUCUGUCGGACUGUGACAAAACAAGCUCAGGACUUCGCUCUGUAGAGCGAACUUGCUGUGCACGUCCAAUGCAGGUGCCCGAGAGAGCACGGGCCCAGCCCAGGAGAGCACGGGCUCUCUUUGGACCCAGUCAGGGGGGGCCCUGCAUUGGAGCCCUGUUUGCUGCCUCGACCAUCCUCGUGACCUUUCCACAGAGCUGCGCCUUUCCCCACUCGUGUGAGUCGCUUCCCCUUUAGCUCUCGGGUGGACGGAAGCUGCGUCUGCCCAGAAUGGCCGUGCAGUCCUGUUUGACCGUGUGCUUCUUCGCGACGUCCUCAGCUGAUAGAGAACUGUGAUCCCUGACUAGGGCUGGACCAUCUGCAGAGGACAGAGGGGAUAGAGAAGUAGCUAAUAUUUGUGCUGAUUUUUAAAUUAGGCAGCGGUGAAGAGCCUGGAGAAUCCUUUCCUGAACGUUGACUGCACUUACCAGCCUCAGAUUUUAACAUCAAACACUAAGCGAGGCCAGCAGCCUCUUCGGGGUUUGGUUUGGUUUUGGCUCUAGCCAAACUAAAGGGUCUUGCUUAAUUCUUAGCUUAAGUGUAGAGGAUCGUGAGAGAGAAAGAGCCUGUAUUCUAAGCCUCCUGAGUACUUACCAGAGUUUAAUUUUUUUUCUUUUUUUUAAGUAAACCUGCACUAAAAAUCUCCUGAGGGGUAAGUAUAGCCCUCAGAGCUCAGCCUAAGGCAGAAUCUAAAUCACACUAUUUUCAAGAUCAUGUAUAAAGAGAAAAAAAAUAAUGGUGUAUAGCCAAUUAUGAUUAUAAUUUUUUCAAAGACGGUAUCACAAAACUGUCUAUAUUAGACAUUUUGGAGGGACCAGGGAAUUUAAGACACCAAAUCGUUCAUCUCUUCAGUGUGCUGAUGUUAUCUUGUGAUUUGUCGUUACUUUUUGACUUUCUGUGUUUGCGCUGAGGAAAGUGGGUCCUGGUCCUGGUUCUGCCUGCCCAUCCUGGCCCACGUUUCUGCUCCGUGAGCUCGAGCACAGGUGUCUGCCCACCAGCCGCUGGUUGCCAAGAGAAGGUGUUUCAGCAGGCUCUGCCCUUUGAAGAUAAUGUUGCGGGAUGAACAGGACAGCAAAGGAAUGGUGCCCAAAUUAAGGGAGGGAAGCCCCGUUUACACGAGAUUCUAUCUGAAGACAGGUUAGUCCAUAGGUUCUGGCUCUGCCAGAAAUGCCGAGGUAAAUUUGUUUCCAUAGCAACCAUUUUUGCAGCCCAGAGUCUCAAGGCCCUAGAGGCAGUGUCUUAAUUGGCUUAACACAGAAUACUCUGGACUGCGGUUUUUCCUUUGCUCUGUCGGGAACGUGUGCGUGUUUAUGAGCACCUGCCAACAAAAUAAAUGUCAAGGGUUAUUUAAUAACAAUGAUAAGUAAAAGUAAAGCAUGAGUAAACUUGGCUGUGUGAUUGUAAGAAUCAGAGAUAGCAGAGGCUUGUAAUUUUCCCAAGCAUUUGCUUUUUAUUGUGUUUUAGUCUGGAGCAAACCUUGAAAUAGAUAUUUAUAUUAAGUAUGUUAUCAUUACUGCAUUUCAUCUUUGAAGCAUUGAGUUUGGAUUUUACUUUUUAGACAGGUAUGUGCAAGGUUUAGGAUAAGGGCCUGCUGAGAAGUUUUUCAGGACAGCCGAAGUUUGUCUUGGUGCUGGUAGAAGAAAGCCUGCACAAUCUCAGUGAUCUCCGAUUCAGGGAAAAAGUCCCAUGAAAGACCACAUCAUAUUUCAAACUGGAGAACUAUUUUUUUUUAAUUGCUAGCUAUAAUUUAUUGUGAGCUAAUAAGUAGAUUGCUUUGGUUGCUAGUUUGAAGUCAAAAGAUGAUUAUUCAUUGGCAAGGCAGGGAUCAGCAAUGCCUCUAUAUGUAACAUCAGUGUGAUUUUUGCUUUCUCUCAUCCUGAUGCAACACUUGCAUGGUGACAGAAGAGCCUGUUACAGGGUGUACCUGCUCCCAGGUGUAUCAUUUCUAGCCCAGGACAAGUGCCUCAGGGUUGUGCUUGUGUCAUAAGCAUGGCACUGAGAUUCACUCAGGCCAGCGAUCUUGGCGCCUCCUAAGGGCUGAGCUUAGAGCUAAUGUGGUUGAGCUUAGAAUUCCUCAUAAGGUGACUGUUAAGUUUAUUAUCAGAAUCAAAGGGCAGCCACGGUGCCAGUUAAGUUGGUUCUUUCUGGGACUGCCUAGUUCUCAGUAGACAGAAUUGAGCCCUGUAUCCGGAACUGAUCACAGAUUUAUAAGGAAAAUCAAAAUUUAAAGUUUGUUGAUGAAUUUUUUAAGAGAUUCUUAAUCUGAUCAUGAAGAUGCCAUCUUUCUAAGGGUCUAUUUCUUAAGGCUAUAUACCUCACUACCUUUGAUGGUAUAUCUACAGCUGAACACCAUAAUCUCUUUUAACUGCUUUGUGAAAAUCUGGUUGUAGUCUAAAUUGGUUUUGCUUUCAAGACAGGUCUUCCUGACACACUGCAUCCUGGGGGGUUUUCUCCCGAGGUGGGGAGUGGUAGCUUCUGCACCAAGGUCAGCACCUCCGUGGUAUUCUUUCGUAGUAUCCAUUUGGUUAAACCAACAGGGAGGGACAAAACUGGGCUAAAACGUUAAAGCAGUGUUUCCUCGGAAGGCCAUGGGUUUAGCAGAAGCCAGAGUGUGCUUUCUUUUUCUUUGAUUAAUUCCCUUCCGUUAUAUUUUUUUUCCCCACGUGACCCUCAAAAUCUACUGCAGAGUACGUUUCGUCAAAAGAUAGGCUAAACCUGUUUUCCAAUCUGUAGGUACUGAACUUGUGCAUACUGGCACUUCUUCACAGGGCAGCUGACAGAGCAAGCUCCAAAAGAUGGUGAUCUACGUGUCACAGCCACUUUCCAGAGUAGAGGUCAUGCCCUUGGGGCAUCCACACUCUUCCACCGUGAUCCUUCAUGACAGAUGUAUGUGGAUAAGCUGAGGUCAGUGACAGGUACACACAGAUGUGUAUUAAAAUGAAAUCUAUACAUCUACAACUUCAUACUGCUAUGAAAGUGCAGCUAUGUCUCUAGAGGAUCUCAUUUGGUCUGGAAUCCAGCCAGUCGUGGCCAUGUGCGCAGCUUGAGAAAUCGAUUCGGCAGAUCUAACUCUCAAUCUGAAAGCACCUAUACAAUCCUGAAAAUCAUCUCCGAGAGUGGAUGCAAUGUUAGUAAAUAACGUGGGCCCAGAACAAUGUUUACAUGACAUGUAAGCAGAAAGUAUUUGAAAUUAACAGGUGUUCCUUUUUUAAAAUGUAAACCGAAUGAAAAUAUGUUAUGUACCUUUUUGUACAUGACUGUAUUUUGUAUGAACAUAAAUAAAAUAUUUUUCAUUGUGAA